AUGUUCUCAAGACAUGUAGCGUUCACUUUCAUCGAACUUGAGAAAACGGUUCCAUUAGAUGUUGUUCAAUGGCUUUUCGAGGUUCCAACUCUUGUCGAGGCACAUCCGGAUGCUGCUAAUUGGUUCAAGCACAAGAUCAGUACUCCGUGGAUCUUCCCUUCACUCAAUCCUGUGCUCUCCGGAAUCUCGCAUGAAAAUUACAACACCACACCUAAUCAUACCAACAUUGUCGAGACUGCACAUGCGGGUCGAAAUGCCGAGACGCAGAAGGGUGUGGGACUUCUUGAUGCUAUUUUGGAUGCGCAGAGUCGGGACAACACCCAUGUUGCAAAUCUUAUCCAAAUGAAACACAGUGGAGUUCUACACAAACACGGUAACGACAUCUUCCACCGCAAAGUUCACGCAGCACAAAGGGCUCGUUGGCGGCAACAAUCCAGGGCAAAACGAGACACAAAUAUUCAAGACUAUCAUUCCAUUCGUGCAGAUAUCAAUGAGUGCAAAUCGGAGAUUGCUGCAUCUCUCGCAUGUACCACUGAUCUCAAAUCUGAGAUUAAACAGUGCAAAGAUGCACUCAUUCUCGAUCGACGCAGUGAGCAUAUUGCUCUUCAACUGAAGGAUUUGCGGAAAGAAGAAGAGGCAGAGAUGGAUGCAUGUCAGGAUUGGAGAAGUCGGCAAGCAGAGCUUGUAAAAGCACUCAAGGAUCUCCGCGCUGGACCUGUAGCGCAUGUACAGAUUCCCACCAGAGGUCUGAAUCGAAACGCUGAUUCUGACCGCGAGAAAGAAAUGCCCGACUUUCACGUGGCCUCGCUGACCUCACACAACAAUCUUCCACCUACCUUUCCCGCUUCACUGUCCAAUUUUGUGGAGCAAGAACAGGAACAACCAGUGGCAGAUUAUUCAAUGGCAGAAUCUGUGUCCCUUGAUGCUUCGACUUCCAUGGUCAUCGACACUUUUGCGGGAUACACUGAGUUCUCCAAUGCUCAGUGGGAUGAAUUUAUCCUCAGUAUGCUGGAGAACGCUUCAUCGACAGAAAAUCCAGUGCCUUAUACACCAGUUGAUGAAGCAACGCACCUGAUUCCACCCACUGUGCACCAAAUACCCUCCGUGCUGGACUCGAGACCCCCACAGCCAAACUCGAGAGCCUCUGAGCCAAACUCCUCCCUUGCUGUUCUCAAGUCCCGGUCUGAUUUAGCUGAGUUUGGGGUGAGCAAUAUACUCCCAGAACAAGUGCGCCAAACUCUUGUCACACAAACACGGGCCAAAGACAACGAAAUUGGUGGUUCUGAUGCGAAACAGCUGAGACACGGUUGA